AUGCUGCUCAUUGGUCUGACCGGAUCCAUUGCCACCGGCAAAUCAACUGUUUCGUCGCUCCUGAAAGCGGAACCAUAUCGGCUCCCGGUCGUCGACGCCGACGUCUUGGCCCGCAAAGUCGUCGAACCCGGCACAAACGGGUACCGCGCCGUCCUCGAGCACUUUGCAGCAACCACGCCGGACCUCCUCGUCCAGCCGUCCGACUCCAUGCCCGCAAACGGCCCCGACGGCAAGGGAAGACCGCUGAACCGCCCCGCCUUGGGCAGGCGCGUCUUCGGCGACAGCGAGGAGCGCCGCAGAGACCGCGCCGUGCUGAACGGCAUAGUUCACCCCGCCGUCCGCAAGGAGAUGCUCAAAGAGAUCCUGGGCUGCUACCUGAGAGGGCACUGGGCCGUCGUUGUCGAUGUUCCGCUCCUGUUUGAGAGCGGGCUGGAUCGCUUCUGCGGCCUGACCAUGGUCGUCGCGGUGCGCGAGCCGGAAACCCAGAUGAAGCGACUCAUGGGGAGGGACGCCCAUCUUAGCAGGCAGGAUGCGGAAAACAGAGUCCGAAGCCAGACCGACGUGCGCAUCAAGGCGCAACGGUGUCUCGAGCGAGGGGACGGGAAAGGCGUGGUUUUGUGGAACGACGGGCCCAAGGAGGAUCUGGCGGUCCAGCUGGACGAUGCAGUGAAGCAGAUGAGGGCUCGAAGCCCCGAAUGGUGGUCCUGGGUGCUUCUGGGCUGCCCGCCACUGGCGUUGAUGGUGUCGGCCUGGAGGCUCUGGCAAAACAUGGCCAUCAACAGACGGUGGGAGGAGUCACAGACGGACGCCAAGGCAAAGCUGUAA